AUGCCCUUGCUGGUACCUUCUACUAGCAUCCCCACACUCCAGCAUCCCUGCACCCCAGCAUCCCCACACUCCAGCAUCCCACACUCCAGCAUCUCUGCACCCCAGCAUCCCUGCACCCCAGCAUCCUUGCACCCCAGUAUCCCUGCACCCCAGCAUCCCUGCACCCCAGCAUCCCUGCACCCCAGCAUCCCUGUACUCCAGCAUCCCUGCACCCCAGCAUCCCUGCACCCCAGCAUCCCUGCACCUCAGCAUCCCUGCACCCCAACAUCCCUGCACCCCAGCAUCUCCGCACUCCAGCAUCCCCGCACCCCAGCAUCCCUGCACUCCAGCAUCCCACCUGCUACUGCUUAUGCAGUCACAUGCUGCAAAUACCCUAGCUGA